GGUGACGUCAUUAUUAUGCGCCUCUCGACAUGCUUCCUGAUCAGAGUCCAAAAGAGAGCUGCUUCAGGCGCCGGGAAACUUGAUUAGUUUGUGUAAAACAAACAAAUUUCUGAGGUGGACGUGGACUACAUAUUAUCAGCUACAGACAUGUCGUACUGUAGGCAAGAAGGCAAGGACCGCAUCAUUUUUGUGACCAAGGAAGACCAUGAGUCACCAAGUAAUGCUGAGCUGGUUGCUGAUGACCCCAACGAUCCUUACGAUGAACAAGGUCUGAUUCUGCCCAAUGGGGACAUCAAUUGGAACUGCCCUUGUCUGGGCGGGAUGGCCAGUGGGCCUUGUGGCUCUCAGUUCAAAGAAGCAUUUUCAUGCUUUCAUUACAGUAAGGAAGAAGUGAAAGGGUCUGACUGCAUUGACCACUUUCGUAACAUGCAGGAGUGUAUGCAGAAGUAUCCUGAUCUUUAUCCUCAGGAGGAAGAGAAGGAAACAAAAACUCAAACUGAAGUUGUCCCUGAUCAGGAUUCCUCCCCACCAUCUUCUGUUUCUGAUUCUGACGUUUUAUCUCACAGCUCUUCACCCACAGACAGUCAGAGGGCGAGCUGAGGUCACUGAAACUUUGUACUCUCUGACGACCCUUGUUGAGGGCCGGCUUACUGACACUUCUUGAGACUUGACAAUGAAAAUAUUUCCUGUGUCUAUCAAAGGACUUUGUUGAGAACGUAACAAUUACUGUAUUUGCUUAUGUUGGUGAGCGCUUGCAAAUCAAGAAUAAGUAAUUUAAUUGCACUGAGUGAAUACACAGUACAUGUGUUUGCAAUGGGAGCUGUUUUUAACAGAAAAUUUACCUCAAAUUGAAAUAAUCCACAUUCAUUGUUUUAUAACUGCCUAAGUGGAUAUUUUUGCAAAGCUUUAAGGAAGACAUAUUUUGUUGGGUACUGAAUCAUAUUAAACCAUAUUAUAUGUGGGACUACAUCAUGAUUUUACAUUUUGUUCAUUGUCUGUGUAAUCCCUCAUUGGUCCAGGUUUGAUCUGUGGUAAAGACCAAAGUUAAACCUGUCAACUGGAUAAAAAGUUGUUGGAGUGAAGACGGUUGGCUGCUCAUCCUCAGUUCUGAACUGAAGAAGCCUCUUGGGUGAGCAGCGAAACGUCUUCACUCCUAAAACUUUUUGUCCGUUUGACAGAUUUAACUUUGCCCUUUACUUUUUUGUUCAUUGUAAAUCACAAUAUUGUUCUAAAAGGGCUUUAUAACAGAAAUGGGGCCACUGACUUCCUGUUAAAAACUGCAGAACCGAGGUGGUCCCUUUAAAAUACACACACAUAAUUGUUUUGAGAGACCAACACAAUUUAUUGACAAGUUACAUCUUUUUGAAUUAUGUUUUGUCUUAACGUGACAAUCUGCUGCUAAACUGUUGGAACUUUUGUUGUUCCUUUUGUUGUCACUCAUGUUGGCAUGCCUUAAAAGACUUUUUGAUGUUAAAUAACAUCAAAUGUGAAAGAGAUGUUAAAUAACAACAUGAACAAACCAAAGUAACCAAUUUGAAAGGUAUUAAAAGUUUAAUCU